AUGGCCCCUUCCAAGAAAAGUGUCAAGAAAAGUCCUGUUCCAACAGAGACAACCAAGCCGACCAAAGUAGCGCCACAAACUGCGUCGGCACCGCAAUCCGUCUUGAAAUACACCUCCAAGGAAGACAUCCCCGCAAUUGUCCAGAACCUCACCAAACAGCACAAUCAAGAGCACCAAACACACUCGUUGCAGUUCCGUUUGAACCAAUUGAGAAACAUCUACUUUGCUGUGAAGGACAAUAUCGAUGCUUUCAGCGAAGCUUUGUACAAGGACUUUGGCCGGUCCCCCGAGGAAACACUCACUUUGGAGUAUGUGACGUUUAUGAACGAAUUGGUUCACACCAUGGCACACUUACACAAGUGGAUGAAGCCAACUCCAGUGGAUGGAUUGACUCUUGCAGUGAAGACAAACUCGGUUUAUGUGGAACACGUUCCUCUCGGAGUGGUGCUUAUCAUUGCUCCUUUCAACUACCCAUUGCUUUUGUCGCUUUCUUCUCUCAUUGGCGCCAUUUCCGCAGGCAACUCUGUCGUAUUGAAAGUGUCGGAGCUCACUCCACAUUUCGCCCAGAAACUCACUGAAGUGCUCACAUCAGUACUUGAUCCGUCUGUUUUCGCCAUGGUCAAUGGUGGUGUAGAAGAGACUACACUCCUCUUGGAUCAGAAGUUUGACAAAAUUAUGUAUACGGGCUCCACUACUGUGGGCAAGAUCAUUGCGAAGAAAGCUGCAGAAACACUCACGCCUGUGCUUUUGGAACUUGGAGGCAAGUCGCCAGCAUUCGUUUUGGAGGACGUCAAGGAGCUGGAAAUUGACGCUGUGGCCAGAAGGAUAGUAUGGGGCCGUUUCACCAAUGCUGGACAAACGUGUGUUGCCAUAGAUUACGUGUUGGUGCACGAAACACUCAAGGAAAAGUUGGUUAGUGCCAUUGUUAAGGUGGUGGAGGAGCAGUUCUACAAGACUUUGGAUGCGAAAGACCCAUCGUAUACACACAUUAUCCACCAAAGAGCCUUUGACACUUUGAAGAAGAUGAUCGAGCUGUCUUCCGGAAAGAUUUGCACGGGCGGAACUACUGACGCCGAAACAAGAUUUAUUGCUCCUACUGUCAUUGACAAUGUCGACUGGUCGGACUCUACGAUGCAACAGGAGAUUUUUGGGCCCGUCUUGCCCAUUUUGACAUACACGGACUUGAAGGCUGCAGUCAAGCAAGUUGUCACCCGCCAUGAUACUCCGUUGGCCCUGUAUAUUUUCACGUCGGGCUCCCAUUCUCGGGCCAAGAAUAUCGACUUGGACUACAUCCAAACAAACAUCAGAUCGGGUGGCACUGUUAUCAAUGACAGCGUGUUGCACGUUUCUUUAGCGAAUGCGCCGUUUGGAGGUAUUGGUAACUCGGGCCAAGGCGCAUACCAUGGGAUCUAUUCGUUCAGAGCAUUUUCGCAUGAGCGUACGACGAUGGAAACAAAGCUCUCCAUGGACUUUGCUGUCAGCUCAAGAUACCCACCUUGCGAGCCAAAGAAAAUCAAUGUGAUGCAGCUGUCUAUGACUUCUUACAAUGGCGCAGUAUGGUUUGGCCGCACUGGAGACGUGAAGCCCAAUGGACCAAGUCUGUUAUGGUCUGCGUGGAAGGGGACUUUAGGUGUAAGCGCUUUGCUCUACUAUUUGUUCCAGGCCAUGUAA